UUUCCCCUGUUAAUGGCGCCCCCAAAUGAACCUUCCAACUCAGUUCUGGUUGACAUUAGAAAUAAGAAUAUAUGUUUUGAGUUGUUGGAUGGGAAACUGUGUGUUAAAGGAGUGACUUUGCUCUCUGAAGUUCCCACUAAUGUCUCUUUGAGAAGUUUUUCUUCUAUUUGUCAGUCUUCUGAUGCUCCACCCAAUCUAUUCCAGCGGGUUCAGUCCAUAUCAUACAAGGGUGGGUUUCUUGGGUUCAGCAAAGAAGAAACAUCUGAUAGGUUGAUGAACUCCUUGGGUAGAUUCAGCGAUAGAAAUUUCUUGAGCAUUUUCAGAUUCAAGACCUGGUGGUCUACCAUGUGGGUUGGGGAUAGUGGAUCAGACAUACAAAUGGAGACCCAGUGGGUGCUCCUGGAUGUCCCUGAACUAAGGUCCUAUGUCCUGAUCCUACCCUUAAUUGAAGGGAAAUUUAGGUCUGCACUUCAUCCAGGUGUUGAUGGGCAUGUCAUGCUCUGUGCUGAGAGUGGUUCUUCUCAGGCAAAAACCUCAUCUUUCCAUGCAAUUAGUUAUGUUCACAUAUCUGACAACCCUUACAACUUGAUGAAAGAGGCCUAUAGUGCUCUUAGGGUCUAUCUCAAUACGUUUCGCCUUUUAGAAGAGAAGUCAGUCCCACCUUUAGUAGACAAGUUUGGUUGGUGCACUUGGGAUGCAUUCUACUUGACUGUAGAUCCCGUCGGUGUAUGGCAUGGCGUCAAGGACUUCAUGGAGGGAGGCGUCUCCCCAAGAUUCCUCAUAAUUGAUGAUGGCUGGCAGAGUGUCAACUUAGAUGGGGAGAACCCAUAUGAAGAUGCAAAGAACCUUGUGUUGGGUGGUACGCAGAUGACUGCCAGGCUUUACAAGUUUGAAGAGAGUGAAAAUUUCAGGAGGUAUAAGGCUGGUACAAUGCUGGCCUCCGAUGCUCCAUUAUUUGAUCCCAAGAGACCAAAGAUGUUGAUCUCUAAGGCAAUUGAGAUCGAGCAUGUAGAGAAGGCCCGAGACAAGGAGAUUCAAUCCGGGGUCACUGACUUGUCAGAGUUUGAAUCAAAGAUCAAAGCAUUGAAACAUGAACUAGAUGAGAUGUUCGGUGGUGAACAAGAGAGUGGUAAUGUUUCAGGUGGAGGUUGUGGGAGCUGCUCCUGUAGAGCAGGAGAAUAUGGGAUGAAGGCUUUCACUAGGGACUUGAGAACAAAAUUUAACGGGCUAGAUGAUGUUUAUGUGUGGCAAGCUCUCUGUGGUGCUUGGGGAGGUAUUAAACCUGGGGCAACCCAUUUAAAUUCAAAGAUAAUCCCUGUUAAGAUCUCUCCUGGACUCAAUGGGACGAUGACCGAUCUUGCUGUAGUGAAGAUUGUUGAAGGUGGUAUUGGGCUUGUUCAUCCUGACCAAGCAGUAAAUUUUUAUGAGUCAAUGCAUUCUUAUCUCUCCAAAGUCGGAAUAACUGGAGUCAAGGUUGAUGUUUUUCAGACACUGGAGUACAUAUGUGAAGAAUAUGGAGGCCGGGUCGAGCUUGCAAAGGCUUAUUACAAAGGGCUGACAGAGUCCCUUGUGAAGAACUUCAAUGGCACAGGUCUGAUUUCAAGCAUGCAGCAGUGCAAUGAUUUCUUCUUUCUUGGCACAUGGCAGAUAGCACUAGGAAGAGUUGGUGAUGACUUCUGGUUUCAAGAUCCCAAUGGAGAUCCAAUGGGUGUCUACUGGUUGCAAGGUGUCCAUAUGAUCCAUUGUGCUUACAACAGUAUGUGGAUGGGUCAGAUCAUACAUCCUGAUUGGGAUAUGUUUCAAUCUGACCACCAAUGUGCUAAGUUUCAUGCAGGUUCUAGGGCCAUUUGUGGGGGACCUGUUUAUGUGAGUGACUCUGUGGGUGGCCAUGAUUUAGAUCUAAUAAAGAAGCUCGUAUUUCCUGAUGGAACCAUUCCCAAGUGCCAGCAUUUUGCGCUCCCUACAAGAGACUGCCUCUUCAUGAAUCCUCUGUUUGACAGCAAGACAAUUCUCAAGAUUUGGAAUUUAAACAAGUUUGGAGGUGUGAUUGGGGCAUUCAACUGCCAAGGAGCUGGUUGGGAUCCCAAGGAGCAAAGGAUUAAGGGAUACUCAGAGUGUUACAAGCCAAUGUCUGGCUUGGUGCAUGCAAAUUAUGUUGAAUGGGACCAAAGGGAAGAAGCAUAUGAGAUGGGUGUAGCUGAAGAGUAUGCUAUCUACCUUAACCAGGCUGAGGAACUACGCAUCAUGACCCCUAAAUCAGAUGCCAUCCACAUGACCAUCCAACCAUCAUCCUUUGAGAUUUUCAGCUUUGUUCCAAUCAAGAAGCUUGGUCCUACUACUAAAUUUGCUCCAAUUGGAUUGACAAAUAUGUUUAACAGUGGAGGAACAAUUCAAGAAUUGGACUACUACUGUGAACCUCCAAUGGGGAGUAGUGUGAAGGUUAAGGUUAAAGGUGAAGGGAAGUUCUUGGCUUACUCAAGUGAGUCCCCUAAGAAGUGCUGCUUGAAUGGUAUUAAAGUGGGUUUUGAGUGGUCUGUUGAUGGUAAGCUGAACCUGGACCUUCCUUGGAAAAAUGAAUGUGGAGGCAUAUCAAAUGUUUGUAUUCUCUAUUGAGUUUUUAGUGUCUUUU